UGCCUGCAGAGGAACGCCCCGGUCGACAUAGAAGGAAAAUUGUUUGCUGAAUUUCAGCACAGCCCUCCUUCCAAUUGCUGGAGAGAGAGGGGGGAGUAAGAAAGAGAGAGAGAGAGAGUUUAAGGCAGGCUCUGCACUGGUGUUCUGGGCUAUUUCAACUUCAGGGCAACUUUAGAGAACUUCAGUUAUUUUUGGUUCUGGACGACAGCUGAGACCAGCAGAGCCUCCGGGAGAUGCUGAUGCUGAUGCAGAAGAUGAAGAUUCUGUUAAUGAAGUAGCAGUAGAAGACAUCCGUCCAAGGCCACAGGGAUCCUCACCAGUUUAUGAAUAUUCCGUAGAAGAAGAAUAUUUAAAGCUGCAAGAAGAAAACAAAAAACAUACUACCGACAAAUCAAAACAGAGUCAUCCACAGGAGACAAUGGAAGUGACCUUGAAAACAGAAGUGGAAGCUGGUGCUAGUGGUUUUAGCGUGACUGGCGGAGGAAAUGAAGGAAUAUUUAUUAAAAAAGUACUUAAGGAAUCUCCUGCUUCAAAAGUGUUUAGUCUGAGAGAAGGUGAUCAGCUUCUAAGUGCUACAAUAUUUUUUGAUAAUAUCAAAUAUGAAGAUGCACUCAAGAUUCUUCAAUAUUCUGAGCCAUACAGAGUCCAAUUCAGCCUGAAAAGAAAAAUUGCUGGGAAAGACGAGCUAGAACAUUUUCACUCUACAGCUCAGUACAAAAAGGAACGAUUAAGUCAGGAUAAAGAACUCAGUGAAAGCAUUCCUGAAGAAACAGUGCAUGUUUCAGGAAAAGCUACUUCAGAAGAAGACAGAGAAACGUUAAUUGUAAACCAAAGGGUAGGAAGAAGCAAGAGACCUAAAAAAGAUAGAUUAUCAUGGCCAAAAUUCCAGUCAAUUAAAAAUAAAAAGAUGCUGGGACACAGAAGAUCUCACAGUACAUCAGAUGCAUAUGAGCCUGCUAUACAGGAUAUUUCCCCUACAAGCACAGAUACAGAGUCUCAACAAGAAAUUCAUAUCAAACAAAAAAAAGGAAGUCAAAAGAAACUGAAGUUCCCUAGUAUUGGAUUCAAAAUGCACAGAUCCAAAACAGAACAUCAAGACAAGCAAAAAAAAGAAAUGAAUACUACAUUGUUAUAUGAAAGACAAAAAAUACAUAAAGAAGAUAUCAGCCUGGAAGGUCCUGAAAUACUCACUGUUGAAUAUGCUGCUUCUCCUGCUUCUGAAAUGAAGACACAAGAAUUACAAGAAACUUUAACAAAAGACUUAAAAGAUGUAGAAAAUGGUAUUCCCACUUACGCAAAAAAGUGCCCUGAAGUUGAAAUAAGCAUUAAAAAAGAAAAGGAAAAGGAAUCAACAUUGAAGAUUACUGCACCGGAAAUACAAGAUAUAGCAAGAAAGGUAUCGAAGCCCAGUUUAGAAGCAGAUCGGAAAGAAACGCCAACUAAGCAAACACCAAAAACCUCAUCAAAAUCCCGAAAAAAGAAGCAAAAGGGAACAGAAGAAAAAACCGAAGGAGAAAAUGGAAUUAAAGUAGACAUACUGGCUCACUCACCAAAAGAAUGCAUUGAGGAAAGAGGUCUAGAAAUAGGUACAUCUAGAGCUGAAAUACAAUCCCUCGAGACAAAGGAAACAAGAGAAAAACAAGCAGAAGAUGACAAACCGAUACCAACAAGAGAGAUGCACAGAAGCGACAGAAGUGCAAACAUAGAAAUUACCAUGAAGAAAGGAGAAAAAGACGAUGGAAAAGAAAGCAGACAGAGAUUACCAAAGUUUAAAUUACCUACAUUUUCCUGGGGAACUACAAAGGAUGAAACAGUGAAAACUGAAUAUCAGCUAAGUGAUAAGGCUCCCAAAGUCGAGGUGGACGUCAGCGUGCCCAAAGUCGACGCCAGCCUCCCAGAGGCAGAGGUCAAGGCCGGCGCCGCGGACGUCAGCAUCUCGGGCCCGGACAUCAAGCUGCCCUCCGUGGAGGGCUCCCUCGACCUCCAGGCGCCCAAGGUAGACCUGAAAGCGCCCUCUGCCGAAGGCUCACUCGACGGAGACGAGCUGGAAUCUGCGGGCCUCAAAGGCAAGUUUAAGAUGCCCAAGUUCGACAAGCCCAAAUUCGGAGUGUCCAUGCCCAAGGCCGAAGGGCCCGAAGGCGAGGUCGGCCUGCCCACCGCAGAGGUCGAGCUGCCCUCCGGCACCGUGACGGUCGCAGGGGAAGGCCCCUCACUGGACCUCAAAGCUGACGUUGCCGGUGCCAAAACGGAAGGGGCUGGCUGGAAACUGGAAAAGCCCUCCCUCAAGAUGCCCAAAGCUGACAUCUUUGGCUGGUCCAGCAGCAGAGAGGCCAAGGGCACCGUGGCGGCCGAUGUGGACGUGAGCCUCAAGGAGCCCCAAGUGACGGCACCCUCGGGAACCGCCGAAGUCGACGUGACCCUUCUCGGUGCUGAGAUGGAAUCUCCUGACAUUGUUGUUACUUCUGGUUUAUCGUCUUUUAAGGAUGAGUCUACUGGUAAAUCUAAAGUUUCCUUAUUUAGUAUGCCUAAAGUUUCACUUUCUAGGAGUUCGAAGCUACAGUUUCCAAGUAAGUCUAGUAUUGAAUGUUCUGAGUCAGAAACUAUUUGUUAUUCUCUAACUGAGGAGUCUCCUGCUGUGAUUUCAGGCAGUGCUGGAAAUAAACUGUUUCCUGACAUUAAGGGAGACAGCUCUUCUAAAAGCAGUAAAUUUAGAAUUCCUAGCUUGGGUUUCUCCAAAGUUGACAUUAGUUCUUCUGAAGUUGACCAAGAUUCUCCUUUAUCAAAAGGGGAUGUAACUCUUACCAAAUAUCAAUUGAAUGUAGCAGAAUCUGAAUCAAAAAUAUCCUCUUCUGGUGAUACAAAUAUGUCAUUAACAGAUUUUGAGAUUUUGAAUGAAGAGGAUUCUUCUGAGCUAGGGAUUAUGAAGCCAGGAGGAGUGAAGCCAGGAAGUGUGAAAAUGCCGCAUGCUGAGCUGUCUGUUGGUGACACAGAAUAUACAGUUAAAAUGCCUAAAUUCAGAAAACCAAAAUUUGGAAUUUCUUGGUCAAAGGGAAAACCAUCAGAAAGUGACAUUGGUUCCAAAGUGGAAUCUGAUUUUUCCAAGGGAAAGAUAACAUCUGAAGUGUUUGAUGUUGAAAAUCCAUCUCUGAUUCCUGAACCUGAGCUGGGCCUAAAAAUGAAAAAGCCCUUACCUGAAUUUGUUAUGGGUGCAUCAAAUUUGGAUGUUUGUCUCCCAUCACCGGAGGUUACCAUGCCAAAAUUAGAAAUGGAUAUCCAUGGCCCAGAGUGCAAGAAAGAGCAAGAAUUAAUUUCUGGUGAGAAGGAUAAUGAGGAGAAAGAAAGCAAAUUUAAAAUGUCAAAAUUCAAACUGCUGUCAUUUAGUCGGUCCCCAAAGAAAGAAGCUAUUGUUCCUUCUGAAGCUGAAGGACAUCUGGAAGAAUCCACUGUGUCUGUUUUAUCUGGGGACACAGAAUCUAAAUUAGCACUCAUAACCCCUGAGAAUCAAGAACUUCAUGUGGAAUUAGAUACAGCAGCAGAAAAAGAUGGUGAAAAGGGCAAAACCAAGAAGUCUCAAUUUAUCAUGCCAAAGAUCUCACUUGCUAAAGUGAAGGGUCAAAAAGUCCAGGGCUCUCUGCCUGUACUAGAAACUGAUGUUUGUGAUCUCAAACAAGAAAAAUGUGGAGAUACCUCAGUACAGAUAUCUGACAAAGUGAGUAGUGAAGAAAGGGCAGAAAUGGGUUUAAAGGUGCCAAAAGUUAGAGUUCCAACUCUGGAAUUUUCCAGACCUGAAGUCAAAGGUCCCAAAAUAGAAAUGGGUAUUAGCAUGCCUGCAGGUGCAGACAUACUUCCUGCAUGUGAACAAGAUGGCCUGACAUUGAAAUCAGCUGCUGAUGAUAUUCCUUCCUCAGAUAUUAAGAUGAUAACUGAAGGCUCAAUUGAGGUGAAGAGUCCUGAGACAAGUGUUGAAAGAAUAUCAAGUGAAAUUGCCGAAAGUGGUGUAGAAAUAAAAGCUGAAGGUCCUGAAGGGAAAACAAAAAUGUCUAAAUUCCAAAUGCCAAAGUUUGGAAUGACACAUUCUAAAGGGAAAGGAUCAGAAAAGGAGGUCAGCCAAACCAAACUGGAAGCCAAGGUUCCCCAACUAAAAGCAAGGAUAGAAAUAGCUGACAUUGCCGUGGAAGCACCAAAUUUGGAGGUGGAAUGUGGUGAAGGAAAAGAAUCUUCCAGCUCUAAGUUGAAAAUAACCAAAGCUGACAAGAAGGCAUCAGAAGCUGAUAUUCACUUCCCAUCAGGUAACAUUUCUAUCUCAAAAACAGACAGUGAUAUUCAAGAUUCAGAUAUGGCACUAAAAAUUAAAGAGGAAACAAAGCGUGAGAAUGAAGAUGGAGAAGAGAAAGAAGGACAUUUCAAAAUGCCAAAAUUCAAACUUCCAUCCUUCAGUUGGUCACCAAAGAAGGAAGCAAUUGUUAAAGCAGAUUCUGGAGCAAAUUUAGAAGAGAAUAAAGUUACUGUAAUGUCAGGCGGAAUAGACACAGAAGUGGAAGGAACUGUAACUGAUGAUCAAGGACCUAGGCCUGCCCUUGAUCUGGAAAUAUCUGCUGGAAAAGAUCAACAAAAAAGUCCAAUUAAAAAGCCUCAGUUUGUCAUGCCUAAAAUUUCCCUUUCCAAGAUCAAGAUUCCCAAAUCUCAGGGACAUUCAUCAAAAGUUGAAGCUGGCAGUACUGUAACUAAACCAGAAGGAGAUGGAGAUGAUUCAAUACAGAUACCUGAUAUAGAAAGAAGUCAUUCCAAAAGGACAGAAGAAGGGGCACAAAUAAGCAUAAAAACAGCUGCAGUUCAGAUCCCCACCUUGGAGGUUUUCAAAACAGAAGACUUCCAAGCAGAUAUGGGAGUUAGCUCAGAAAAGACUGAUGCUGCUCUGACUGCCUCAGAGGAGAGUUUUCAACAGGUUGUCCUAAAAUCAGGUUCUGAUGAAGAUUCAAUUCAAAAAACAGGCAUUGAGUUCUCCAAAGGAGAAACUUCAAUUGAACUGGGAAGCACUGAAAUAGCAACUGAACGAUCAUUAGUUAUGGAUGGAAGAAAGAAGAAAUUGGAAGGUCUUGAUGGACAGAUUAAAAUGCCCAAAUUCCAUAAGCCAAAGUUUGGAAUCUCCCUGACAAAAGGGAAGGGCCCAGAGCCAGAGAUCAGCUCUCCAAAAUUAGAAGCUGAGCUACCUCAGCUAAAAAUGACGGCAGAAAGUGCUGACAUUGCUGUGAGAGUGCCAGCAUCAGAACUUUCAUCUGAUAUGUCAGAUCCUGGGCUAGAGGUUUAUGCUUCAAAGGCAAAAACACCUCAAGUUCUGACGGCUGUCAUUGAAGUUCCAAAGGUAGACAUAAGCCCCCAUUCAGAGUCUAAACCAAUGACAGAGGGAGACACUGAGAGCCUUGAGAAGAAAGAAAUCAAAUCAGAAGAAGAAAUAAAAGCUGAAGAAGCUCAGACUGAAGAACAUCAAGGAUGGUUUAAAAUGCCAAAAUUCAGAAUACCUGCAUUUGGCCGCACAUCCUUAAAGGAAAAGAAAGGUGAUGCUGAUGUUGAAAGAAGUCUGGAAAAACCUCAGGCAAGCAUUCCUUCUGCCAAAGUACAAACUGAAGCAAGUAUUCCAGUUGCUGAAAUUACUAUUGGAAAAGAAAGAAUUCCAAAAUUAGGAGAUUCUGUGGAGAGUUCUGUUAUUAGCUUGCCAAAGGCAGAAGGAGAUAUUUCAUUAUCUGCAGAAAGAGACAUUAGAGUAAAUAUUCCAAAACCUGAAACUUAUGCAGACAUAGUUAAGCGUGGUGCUGAAGGACAAAAAAUUCACAGUUCAGAAUUCACAGUGUCUUCAGUGGGAUUACCUAAAACAGAACUAAGUGCUUCAAUAAUUGACAAAGAUAACAGUUCACCAAGUAAGUUCUCUAUGAGUACUUCGACUCUGCAAGAGCAAAAAGUCAAAUCACAGGAUACAGAUAUUCCAAAGGCAGAAAGUUCCACUGAACUAAAGACAUUAAGUGCAGAAUUUAAAACAUCAUCAGGUGAAAUUACUCUGGACAGAACACAGGAAAAAAUAGAUGCAAGUCUUCCAAAGGGAGAACUAGACCUUCAAAGUCAAGGAGCAGUGAUUAAAACAGUGAAGAUAAGGACAAGUGAAAUGAAAAUUAUAGGAAAAAGUAGUGAGUUAAAGUGGCCGACAGGUGAGUGGGCUACUGCAAAGGGAUCAGAAGAUGCUGGUUUUGUUGCAGCUAAGAUGGAAGAUAUAAAGGUAGAAGUUCCAGAAGUGAAGACGGAUGUUGAAAUUGUGAGAGUAGAUCCUGAAAUGCAAUGUCAAGUGAAACGUGUUGAAAAGGACAUGUCUGCAAAUGUGGAAGCGCAAGUAGAAGACAGAGCAGAAACAAGUAAAAUUAAAACUUACAAGUUUAAGAUUCCAAAGUUUGGAGUAUUGCGUUCAGAAGUGAAGGGUUUUGAAGAUGGUAUCAGUUUGACUAAGUCAGGAGCUGUUUCAGUAUCUGAAACUGAAAUAGGCAGAGUGGAAAUACAGAUUCAAAAAUCAGAAGGAUCCAUUGGCCCAACAAGUCCAACUCUAGAUCACAUGGAAUCAUCUGCUAGAGUAACAGUGGAAACAGUGGACAAAUCACAAGAUGGUCCAGAAGUAAAUAUAAAAAUUCCCAAACUAAAAAUACCAAGAUUCACUUUCAAAGUUCUCCCAAGUGAAGUUGAUGUUUCACUGUCAAAAGUGAUAACAGAUCCAAAAGGAACUAGUGCUGAUAUUGAAGUGGUGCACUUGCCAACAAGCUCUACUAUCCCUGAGGAAAUGCCAGAGACUCUAGAAGGUGAUAUUCAAAAAGCAAAAAGCAAAAUUCUAACACUGACUGAACCUGACAUUAAAACAGCACAGAUGACUACUACCAUAGACUCCUGCCUUUCAAAUGCAAGGCAAGACAUUCAUUGGUCAUACGUAGAAGGCCAAGAAGUGAGUGAGAAAGUAGAACCUGAACAUGUUGCUAUUGAAAGGUGUGAAAUUUACUCUAGCCAGAUAGUGAAGGAAUCAGAGAUUCUCUCAUCAGAAGUUAAAACUGCUACUUUGGGAUUUUCAUUGCUGAAGGUGAAGUUGCCUGAAUCACAUAGCAACUUAGAAGUGCUAGCCCAGCAGAGCCCUUCAAUGGAAAAUGCAUCAGUGAACAAAUCCGAACAUUCUGAUGAAAGCUUUGCAGUAACUGCACAGAGGACUGGCAAUGCUGAGCUUAAACUAUCUGACAAACCACACAGUGAGACUGAAGAAUCUAGUGGAAUGAUAGGUUUGCCAAAGUUAAAAACAUUUGCUGCUGAAGUAAAGCCUUCCAGUAAACCUGAAGAGAGUCAUCCUAAGGCACCAGAGAAAAUAACUGCAGCUCCUCUCUCUAAAGAUGAGGAUAUAGCUGAAGCACAAGAAGAUGAAGAAAAGUAUGUAACUAAUGAAAAAGAGAAAGCUGACAGCAAAAGAUCUCCUGGGAGAUUCAAAUUUUGGCUUCCAAGUAUUGGCUUUUCAUCUUCUGGUGAUGAAACAAGCUCAGAUUCAAAAACAGAAGUGAAAAAAUCAGAAGAAACGAGGCCAGAAGAUACAAAACCUGCUGACAUAUCAGAUAGUGAUUCUUCUAAGCAAACUGAAAAAACUGGAUGGUUUAGAUUUCCCAAACUUGGUUUCACAUCUCCUUCCAAAAAAGCUAAGACAGUUGACAAAGAAGAGACAAGUCAUAAAGAAAGAAGAAUGUCAGAUGCAGAUAGCCCGUCAGAUAAACCUGAUGUAUUUUUCGAUGCACAAGAAAGCUUAUCACCUAAAGAAAUAGCAGACAGUGAAAAACAAGAAAUCGACGGGACCUCAUCUAACGUUCCAGUUUCUCAAACUAUUGUUACAUCUUCAGCAAGGACUGAACUGAUAUUGCUGGAGGAAGAAAAAGCUAGUGAACCUAGUAUUCCUGGAGAUACAACCAAAUGAACAUUGUCUUCUGCCAACUACCCAGUGAAAAUAGAAUAAUCUAUACAGAAAAAAAAAUGAAAAAAAAGUUUUCCUAAUUUUCCAGUAACCAAAAAUUAAACAAAACUUAAAACUGAUAUUUAUGAAAACAGUUUGUUGAAGAGAAUUUACCACAUCUAAAUCUUCCUGUUCUUGAACAUGCUAUACUGUAAUGAAAAUACUGAUUUCUUCAAAUCUGCUCCAAAGGCAAGAACUGUGACAGGUACAGGGGAGUUCAUAGUUCUAGUAAAGUCUGAAAAGAUACCUGAACCAUGAAAGUAAACCUUUGAAAGACUCAGUGACAGCAAAAUGUCUUGUUAAAUAUGCUUCUCAGAAACACCAGAUAGGAUUAGAUGAUAUAUUAUUUGCAGAGCAGAGUAUAAACUAGUACUAUGAGAAUUAUAUUCAUCUGUUUAGAUUUUGGAUCUCUCUGACCUAUUUUUGCUUUCUUACUAAAGCAUUUUUCUUUGUUUCAGCUAAAGUAAAUGUAUAUUCCACAAUAAUUUUGAAAAGCAAAAUAAAAACUACAUACUAGCGUAGACAAAGGCUUUACCCCUUCCUCUCUUCUCAUGUUUUUUUAUUAGCAUGGUGGGUCAUAUUUAGCCUUAAAAGAUUAAUAAAUAAAUUCAAGACCAAAAAAAAAACCCACCUUUAAUUAGUUCACAUUUUUAAGGUACCCAAAUAAUACAUGGUGGUAAUUAUUAUGAAAAUGUGGAUAAAUAAAUUUUAUGUGUAUAUUUACUGAAUAAUUAAAUGCACAGAAUGAUCUACCACGCUUUGGUGGAAUUGCUUCAGAUAUUUUCUGGGAAAGGAGAUGUAUAUAUAGUUAUUUACCUCUUUGUUUAUAUUAAUGCUUCUCUCAAGUGCACAGCCAAAACCAGAGUGCAUAUAUGACGGCCUUCAUAUGUAUCAUUAAAACACUACAUUCUUAAUUCACAAUAAAUUCACUACAUGAAAAAUAA